UCCAAUAUGAAGCUCAGGCGGGUCUUGGAUGUGUUUGGUGUUGUCCCAGUUUGUAAAAACCUCCAAAGUAGGCGCAGUUCCACUGAUUUGUACAUUUCUUAAGGUGUGUAUGAUAUUUACACUGCCCUGCAGUGUGCUUUUUUUUUCCUACUCCAGGUGGGUUUCUUUUUUCGGUCACAUUAGGUCUGUUUUACAUGCGCACUAGCCAGCUAGCUACGAAGACAAUGAAUUUGACCAGAGAAUUAUUAUACAUUUUAAUUCAUGCCACUGGAAAAAAAAAUAUUAAGCUUAUCAAAUGGCUUCAAAAAAGAAAGCUGCUGGCAAAGACUGUCAAGUGUCCGAAAUGCAGAAGAGAUAUGAAGAUGGAAAAACGAAACAAUACUUCAGAUGGCCUAGUGUGGGAAUGUCGGCAUAAUAGCCACAGAGGCAAAAAAUACAGCAGAACCCUGAGAGUGGGAUCUUUUUUUGAAAGGUCCAAAAUUACCUUGUUGUCAUGGAUGACAUAUAUUUACAGAUUUUCUCAAGGUUUGCGUCUCAGGCAAGUGGACAUGAUGCAAGAUGAAAUUGCAAGAAGCUCAAGGACACUUUCCAAGAUGGCUUCAGUUCUGAGGAAAAUCUGCCACCGUGCCAUGAAAAGGUACACCAGAAAACAUGGGCAGAUGAUCGGCGGUGAAGGAGAAUUUGCUGUUAUUGAUGAAAGUAACUUUCGCCAUAAACGAAAGUAUGGACGAGGGAGAGUUGCCCCCACAUGGAGGAGAAAGAAGUGGGUGUUUGGUGUACUCGGAGUAAAGAGAAAACAGCGCCAUCCAGUUCUGCGGCUUGUGAGGAGAAGAUCAAGACAUCAUCUUGUACCUAUAGUCGUUAAACAUGUGCGCCCAGGUACUACACUAAUCAGCGAUGAUUGGAGAGCUUACAGAGGUGCUUUAACAGAUAUGGGCUACACACAUUUUAGUGUUAAUCAUUCCCAGUGGUUUGUAGAUCCCCACACUGGAGCUCAUACCCAACAUCUUGAGAGAGCAUGGUUAACUUACAAAACAAGAAUCUGGAGGCUGCGAGGCAACAGGACAGAGCAAAUGCUAAAACAGCAUCUUUCCUUCAUUGAGUGGACAUACUGGCUGGGUGACAAACAUAGACAUGGUACCCUUGGGCGUUUGCUUAAAGAUAUUAAGCAUCAGUUUCCUGUCUAAAGAUAGAGGCUUAGUUGAUUGUUUUUUUUUUUAUAUAAUUUAUUUUAGCAUUUAUAAGACUUAAGGUAUUAGACUUUAUUAGCUAUUUACUUUUUAUUUUUUAAGUAAAAAAUACUUUUUUGUUGUUUAGAAAUGUGCUAAAGAAUUAGCAAUAUUUUUUGUUUGAAGACGAGACUGUGAGCCUUUUUUGUUGUCGAAUCUUGUUUAGAUAUUGUCUGUAUACGUUCAUAGUCACUUUAAU